UCAACGGCCGCGGCGGGGCGGAGCCGUGCUGAGCCGAGCCGAGCCGGGACAGCAGCGGGGCCGCGCCGAGCCGAGCCGAGCCGGGCAGCGGGGAGCGGGCAGCACCGAGCCGAGGCUGGGGUCGCGACAGGGACCGCGCCGAACCGAGCCGCGCCGGGAGCGGGCCACGGUGCCGCGCCGAGCGGGGCCCGAGCCGAGCCGAGCCGCGCCGGGACCGGGCCGAGCGGCGGCACCGAAGCGCUCGGGGCGCAGCGGGGCCGUGCGGAGCCGAGCCGGAGCGGCCGGGCUGGCGAGGGGCAGGGAGAGCCCCUGUGCCCGGGCAGGGGCCGCAGCCGUGGCCGGGACCGGAGCCGGGACCGGGACCGGGACCGGGGCCGGGGCCGGGGCAGGGCCGGGGGCGGUGGCCGGGGGCUGCGGGGCGGCGGCGGCGGCGGCGCUGGCUCUGCGCUGGGGCGGCGCGGGGGGCACGGGGGGCAGCGCGGCCAGCAGCGGCUACUGCAGCCAGGAGGACUCCGACUCCGAGCCCGAGCUCUUCUACACCGCCCGCACCUCCCUCGGCCGCCGCCCGCGCCGCCGCCAGGAUGAACCCAGCAGCUGGGACACGGCCGAGCUGGACCCGGCGCAGGUGGAGCAGCGCAUCAAGGAGUACAACAGCCAGAUCAACAGCAACCUCUUCAUGAGCCUGAACAAGGACGGCUCCUUCACCGGCUUCAUCAAGGUGCAGCUGAAGCUGGCGCGUCCCGUCUCCGUGCCAGCUGCCAAGCGGGGGCCUGGGGGGCGGCCGGGGCAGCGCGGGCCGGGGGUGAAGCGCCGCACGUCCUUCUACCUGCCCCGAGGCACCGUCAAGCACCUGCACGUCCUCUCGCACACCCGUGCCAGCGAGGUCAUCAGCGCCCUGCUCAGGAAGUUCACCGUGGUGGACGACCCCCGAAAGUUCGCCCUCUUCGAGAGGUCCGAGAAGGAUGACCAAGUGUUCCUCCGCAAGCUCUCGGACGAGGAGCAGCCGCUUCGGCUGCGCCUGCUGGCUGGCCCCAGCGAGAAGGCGCUGAGCUUCGUGCUGAAGGAGAACGACAGCGGCGAGGUCAACUGGGACGCCUUCACCCUGCCCGAGCUGCACAACUUCCUGCGCAUCCUGCAGCGCGAGGAGGACGAGCAGGUGCGGCGCGUCCGGCACCGCUACGCCCGCUGCCGCCGCGAGAUGCAGGACGCCCUGGCCAUGAGGGCACCGCGGUGACCACCGCCACCGUCACCACCACCAGCAGCACCAGGACGGACACCUGCCGGCGGGGGGACGUCGCUGGGACGGAACGGGACGGGAUGGGGCGGAAUGGGGCGGGAUGGGGCGGGGGGGACAGGAAUAAAGCGGCUGCACCCCCGC